GCAAGAGAAGGAGACGGUGACUACGUGCCUGCUACAUAUGCAUGUUGUGAGCGAGACGAUUAUAUCAUAAUACAGGCGCCCACGAAGGAGAACUAUCGGGACUUCUGGCGGAUGGUUUGGAGGGAUGGCUGUAAAAUAUGCGUGUCGUUAAGUGAGAAGUUAAGUGCGUCAGACUCGAAUCUCUGCUAUCCAUACUGGCCAAUGAAGGAGGGUGAAAAGAUGGGGAUCGAAGAUAACCGCUUUGUUAUCGAGUGCAAAAAGCGUGUUUAUUUUAAGGGUUAUGCCGUUUACGAUCUUUCAGUAGCUAGCACGGAUCCGGCACUCGAGAAUAUAGCAUCACGUGUUUCACAGGUAACAUUUAUGCACUUCGAUGCGUGGCCGUCAGACACAUGGCCGGAUUUCGACCUCCUUGGUCCAUUCAUACACGCAUUAACAAAGAAGGAAAUUCAGAUUAUGCGGAAAUCAUUAGAUAACUACAUUCCGCCGGUUAUAAUACAAAGCUACGAUGGUCUUGGAAGAGCUCCGAUAGUGUGGGUGUCAAUGAUUCUCAUGAAGGACAUAGAGAGGAAGGAAUGCUUCGACGUUGAAGAUCUAGCAAAGAAGUGCGCAAGAGCUCGACCUGGAGCUUUUCAUAAAAAGAUACAUUUUUGCGUACUCUUUGCCUUGGCAUUUCGACUUUCAUCGCUUGGCGGUUGGACUGCACUGGAGAACGCUCGAGCUAAGAUUAAGGAAAUCCAAGUGGCUUAUGAGACGAGCUCGAAGAAGUGA